UGCGUUUAAAGUCCAGCAGGUGGAAGGUCUGGGGCUGGGACACCUGGGCCUUUGGCCGUGUCUGCAGACAUGACCGGGACUGGAGGGGGCUUCAGGGCCUGGGGGAGCCUGGUGCUGCUGAGCCUGUGCAGCUGGACAGGGGCCCACACAGCUGCCCCCAACCCCGUCAGGAACCUGAGCGUGGAGGCUCAGACCACCAGCUCCAUCAGCCUGCGGUGGGAGGAGCCCGCCGGCCCUGACCCCCAGGGCUACACCUACUGGGUCCAGUGCAGUGGGGAUGGAAAUGACACCCAGACCCAGAGCACAGCAAACACCAGUGCGCGAGUGGGGGGGCUCAGCCCCGGGUCCGUGUAUGAGCUUUCCGUGUGGGCGCAGCGGGAUGGAGUCCCCAGCUCACCGGAGACGCUCAGCGCCCCCACAGCCCCCAACCCCGUCAGGAACCUGAGCGUGGAGGAUCAGACCACCAGCUCCAUCAGUCUGCGGUGGGAGGAGCCCGCCGGCCCUGACCCCCAGGGCUACACCUACUGGGUCCAGUGCAGUGGGGACGGAAACGACACUCAGACCCAGAGCACAGCAAACACCAGUGUGCGAGUGGGGGGGCUCAGCCCCGGGUCCGUGUAUGAGCUUUCCGUGUGGGCGCAGCGGGAUGGAGUCCCCAGCUCCCCGGAGAUGCUCAGCGCCCCCACAGCACCCAACCCCGUCAGGAACCUGAGCGUGGAGGCUCAGACCACCAGCUCCAUCAGUCUGCGGUGGGAGGAGCCCGCCGGCCCUGACCCCCAGGGCUACACCUACUGGGUCCAGUGCAGUGGGGACGGAAAUGACACCCAGACCCAGAGCACAGCAAACACCAGUGUGCGAGUGGGGCGGCUCAACCCCGGGUCCAUGUAUGAGCUUUCCGUGUGGGCGCAGCGGGACGGAGUCCCCAGCUCCCCGGAGAUACUCAGCGCCCCCACAGUCCCCAACGCAGUGACAAGCCUCAGUCUCCAGGAACAGACCAACAGCUCUAUUACCUUGAGCUGGACAGCGCCCCCGGGCCCCCAGCAUCCUCCCUACACCUACGGGGUCUCAUGGGUCAAGGAAGGAAGCCUUGCUGCCAGGACCCACAGCAGCCCAGACGCUGGGGUCACCCUGGAGGGGCUGGAAGCUGGGAGCCUGUACACCUUCACUGUCUGGGCAGAGAGGAAUGGGGUCCGAAGCGACAACAGCACGCUCACGGAGGCCACAGCUCCCAACAAGGUCACACACCUGCAGAACGGAACUCGGAGCACCAGCUCUGUCAUGCUGCACUGGAAGGCCCCCGAGGACCCCCACUAUCUGCUCUACACCUACUGGGUCCAGUGGGCUGGUGGGGGACACCCCCAGGGGGAGCGAGUCACCCAAGGGCAUCAGGCCAACUGGACCAGCAGGACAAAUGAGACGUGGUACGAGGUGGAGGCCCUGGAACCUGGGACCCUGUACAACUUCAGUGUGUGGGCUGAGAGGAACCAUGUAGCCAGCUCCCCACAGGGCCUUCAUGCUUCCACAGACCCGGACCCCGUCACCAUCACCUCCUGCUUCAGCACCUCCGGGGGCUACGGGCUCGUCCUGAACUGGUCCUGCCCCCGGGGGGGCCGUGAGGCCUUUGAGUUCCAGGUGGGCGCGCAGUGGGGCUCCCUGGACAGGUCGUCCUGUGGGAGGGACGUGUCCGUGUGGGGUCUCCAGCCGGCUCGGUCCUACCCAGCCACUGUCACCACCGUCUGGGAUGGAAUGAGGGCCCCAUCUGCUGCUGUGACCUGCCACACGGAGAGUGCAGGCGUGGUUGCCGGGGCUGUCGUCGGCGCCUUCCUGCUCCUUGUCCUGCUGGGCCUGCUGAUCCUCUUCCUGAGGAAGAGGCUGCGGAGAAGCAGGAAGGAAGCCCCACCCACAGGCCUGCUGUUCAGCUCGCACAAGGACAUCCUGGCCGAGCACUUUGCCAACCACGUCAGGGACAAUGAGAAGGACAGCAACUGUGGUUUUGCAGAAGAGUACCAGCAACUGGCUACGGAGGGCCUCCACCAGGCUCAGACGGUGGCCUUAGCUCCCGAGAACAGCAGCAAGAACCGUUACAGGAAUGUGCUGCCCUAUGACUGGUCCCGCGUGCCCCUGAAGCCCCUCUAUGGGGAGCCAGGCUCUGACUACAUCAACGCCAGUUUCGUGCCUAGCCUCUGGAGCACCCAGGAGUUCAUUGCAGCCCAGGGGCCCCUGGCCCAGACAGUCGGCGACUUCUGGCGCCUGGUGUGGGAGCAGCGGAGUAGCGCCCUGAUCAUGCUGACAAACUGUGUGGAGUCUGGCCGGGUGAAGUGUGAGCAUUACUGGCCUCUAGAUGCCCAGCCCUGCACCCACGGGCACCUUCAAGUGGCGCUGAUGGGUGAGGAGGUGAUGGAGAACUGGACAGUACGAGACCUGAAGCUCUGGCAUCUGCAAGAGCAGGGGGGUCUAUCUGUGCGCCAAUUCCACUACACAACCUGGCCGGACCACGGCGUGCCCCACUCCCCAGACCCCUUGCUGGCCUUCUGGAAGGUGGUCCGGCACUGGUUGGACAAGACCCCUGGGGGAGGCCGCCCCAUUGUGCACUGCAGUGCAGGCGUGGGCCGCACGGGCACCCUCAUCGCCCUGGAUGUUCUGCUGCGGCAGCUGGAGCGUGAAGGUGUCGUGGGGCCCUAUGGCUACGUGAGGAAGAUGAGGGGGAGCCGGCCACUGAUGGUGCAGACCGAGGCCCAGUACGUGUUCCUGCACCACUGCAUUCUGCGGUUUCUCCAGCAGCCGGCCCCAGCCCCGGCCAAGGAGGUGGCCGCAGAUGAGAACCUGAUCUACGAGAAUGUGGCCGCCAGCUAAGCCCACUAGCAGAAGGCUGAGACUGCAGAAGGCCGAGACCCCAGCCCAGAGAGGCUCGGACUCUGGAUCCCUACUUCAGCCCAGACUCCUGGACCCCUGGGAGAGCAGAGGGCUGGUCUCCUGGGCUCCUGGGUCCUGCAGAGAAGGGGCCCUGCCACCUAAGCUGUUUCCUUGGGUGAGAGCGGGCAGGUGGGAUCCUGGAUUCCUGGUUCCUUGAAGGAGGGAGGGAUGGGAGGUAGACUGUCCAGUUCUUUGAGGGAGGAGGAGGCCGGGGUCCUUGACUGCAGGGUCUCAAGAAAUCAAGCUUGAUUCUGAGGUAGGAAUGAAUUAGGGUCUGGAAUUUUGGCUGUGCCAGGAGCAGGGACAGGCAGAAUCCUUCCCAUCUUUUACUCCAGAAACCAAAUCAAUCUUCUAGAAUCUGAGAUUUCCCUGUACCCCACUAUCUGCAUAUUUUUUCUUCUAUCACAUAAUUUAUUAAAUCACUAUUCUCCCUAGG